GGGAGCUAGAGGGGAGGAGGAGGUGGUGGUGGAGGAGGAGGAGGAGGAGGAACGGCGGGGCGACCAGAGGCCCAGGAGCGGGUCGACGGCGGAGCGACGUUUUUGCUGCAGCGGAGCCAGUGUGGUGUAGAGAAAUUCCUUAACCAUGGAUGUCUUCAUGAAGGGGCUUUCAAAGGCCAAGGAGGGAGUUGUCGCUGCUGCUGAGAAAACCAAGCAGGGUGUGGCAGAAGCUGCAGGAAAGACAAAAGAGGGUGUUCUCUAUGUAGGUUCCAAAACCAAGGAAGGAGUGGUUCAUGGUGUGACAACAGUGGCUGAGAAGACCAAAGAGCAAGUGACCAAUGUUGGUGGAGCAGUGGUGACUGGUGUGACAGCAGUUGCCCAGAAGACAGUGGAAGGAGCUGGGAACAUCGCAGCAGCCACUGGCUUUGUUAAAAAGGACCAGCAGGGCAAGGGCCUGGCUAUCUUUAAGAACAAGACUGAUUUGUUUUCAAGACUGAUGAGAUAAAUUGUGCAGAUUGAAAAGCUAAAGGAAUCGAUCCUCAGAUGGUUUCAGAUACUAGCUCAAUGUCUUCUUCUCCUCAGCUGGAAUCAUUCCAAGUCUUUUCUGGGAGAUCCUGAAGGUAAAACAGAGGACACUAAAUCUGCCACAGGUUUUUCUCAAUACUGCACUCAAUCUUACAUGGUUCUGAAGGUCACAGAAAGAACAGGGUGACUGUUGUAUUCCUUUUUUUUUCCCAAAAGAAAAAAUGAAUAAAAUAGAACUUUGAGCCCAGUGAUGGGGUGUACAACUAAUUCUUGAGUCAAUAGGAAUCCUGUGCAUAUGGGUCCCUGUUCAAAGAGAUCCCAUAUGUUAGUAGCAUCAGUAAGUCAUGGGGUCCUUGACUGUGUGUGGUGUAUUUUGAUUUCUAAAAACCUGAACUCUAAAAAUGACCCCUAAAGAUCCAUAGUUUUCUCCAAUUUUCUGUGACUGGAAUUAUACUAUCUUUGUGAUCAUGAAAAACCUGCAUCAUUAUUCAGUUAGAAUGAUCAUCUGUAUGAAGUGAGAAUAAUGAUAUUCAUGUCUUAGAAAUGUAGUGGUUACAUGGAUAAACUGUAAUCUCUGAACUUUCGCCAAAGAACAUGACUUUGUCCUGUUCCUCCUUGGUUCUGAUGUACCUCACCUCCAGUGCUCAUUAAAUGGCAAUUUGCUUGCCUGUAGGCUUAUCUGCCAAACUGUACAAACUCUUUACAGUAAAUAUUAUAACUGAUAU